AUGGACAACCCAGCCAUUUCUGUGAAAGUCAAAGGGCACUAUGGUGGCCUCCAUUGGGUCGGCCUUUACGCACGACAUGCCGCCGACGACACCAACCAGUUCAUUGCCGUGAGGACCACCAACCGCUUGCUACCGGCGUACGCCGAGCGCAUCAAGACCUAUGAAAACUACAAGAACUGGUAUAGCCUGGACGGGCCCCUCUACUUACUUGAUAGCACGAUCACCCUGUUCUCAAAGCAACUUUAA